AGUCGCAGCCAUGUUUAGAUAGUCAUGAUUUGAUUUCAGCACAGUUCGGUACUUUUUUUUUUAAAGUGUGCCAUUUAAAAAUAAAGUUUUCAUCAUUUAGAUUUUCAACUGUUGUUCUGAGAUAAUUAAUCUGUGAAAUGCAAUGUGAUAAGGGUUAGUAUGUAGGCACUACAUUGUGUUUAUACACUGUUUCUUGACUGAUUUCAUUGGAUUAUUCUCUUAUUGUGUGUUUAAUUUUAGGGUGCUUGUUUAUAAAUUACAGAAAUGUUGAUUAAAACAACGAUUGCCAUUAUUUCCAUUAAUAGGCAGAAAAAUAAGUCGUUCUUAUGACAGAGAUAACAUUUUUAGAACACUGUUGCCAUACUUGAGUGACAUUUUUAAUUAGAAAGCAACAUUAGUUUUUCGUUUCCAUUUUUAACACAACUUCUCGUUUGCAAUUUAACUUUUCUUAACUGUUCCAAGUUUUCAAAACUGCUCGAAUUUUCUUUUAAUGUUUCACACAAGAUGGCGUGCUGUAGGACUGUUUGCUGUGCAGUACAUUCAAAGGAAUCAUUUACCCCAAAAUUAAAAUGAUGUCAUCAUCAUGUAGGGUACAGCGGGGCUAGUGGCACACCUUAAGGAAAAUGUGCUUUUUUCUGGUCAUAAAGUGUAUCAAGAUUGAAAAAAAUAAUAAUGUAUUUUUAUGGAAUAGUGAUGUUGCAACAUACUGUAGUUUGUGUAAUAAUAAAGUUUUAAAUAAAUAAAAAAUAUAUAUAUAUUUUAAUAUAAAGUUGGCAAGAGUGCUUUUUAAGCCACACUUGGGGCAAAAGGCCCCCAGGGGAGUUAUAGUGAUGUUGUGUAAAAAUAGGGACAGUGCUGGGUAGUAAUAGUCUCGCAGAUUAACAUUUAGCAUGUGCUCCUUUUACGUUACACAGUAAAAUAUAAACCUCAACAAAGGAAUACAGUAGGCGAUGGACUAUUACUGAGUAGUAAGGGUUAAAAGUAAGUACAUUACUGAUUGCAUUUUUUCAUGUAAUUUGCAAUCAGUACCUGAUUACAAUUCACAAGUAAUCCACCCAGCAGGGACAAGUUAUAGGGCAAGUUACUAAAAAAAACUAAGUUUUUUUGGGCAUAAUAUUGAUUACCACAAAAAUAAUUUUGACCUGUCCCUCCUUUUCUUUAAAAAAAAAAAGAAAAGAAAAUAAAGGCAAAAAUAUGGGUUCCAUUGAGGCUCUAAUUUCUUUAACGCCGUUAACGCGUAAUAUGACCCUUUGCAUAAACCGUAGUUCAUGAGAAGUGAGUCGAUUUGUCACGUGCUAAUGUCAUAUGCAUUGACCGUUGGGAAAACAGAUGGUGGGAGACAUUAUGCUGAUAACUGCACAAAGCAUUUUACCAAUGUAGCACAGCAGUAGAACAUGCCCGCAAAGCACAGAUAGAGCUUGGAACUUUGUAAAAUGAUUGCAGAGGCAAGACAGCUGCCAUUUAAACACCUGCCUUGUACAGUGAGGCGCGGUACGAAAGUUGCGAGGCGAUCGUCUGUGUUCCGUGACUGCUACCGGGUCCUUGAAUAACGUAUAAUGUGCCAGUAAUGGGGCUAAUUUUGGGGGGUUUAAAGGCAGAAAUGUGAAACUUGUAAUUUUAUAAAAGCACUUAUAAUAAUUAUUCUGUUAAAAAUUAUGUGUUAUUUAAACUGUAAAGUUUGAAUUGUCAUGUUGUCAUGGCAAUGAAGUUGUAAAACUGCAUAUAACUUUGCACAGUAAAGGUUAGUAAGUGAUUGUAUCACACUAAAAUCACGCACAUUCUUUACAUCUUGUGUCUAUACUUUUGAAACAAUGAGUUUUAUUACAUUUAAGGUGUGGCCCGAUUCACUUCCAUUGUAAAUGCCUCACUGUUACCCAUAUUUUUGCUUUUUUAAAGAAAAGAAGGGUUAAGUCGAAAUUAACUUUUAUGGUAAUCAACAUUAUGCCACAAAUGCUGUCGAUUGAGCUCAACUUGUAUUGAACCCAGAAUAUUCCUUUAAUUCCAACUACUUACAUGCCUACAUAAGUUCUUCAUAGGCAGCAACUCCAUGCGUCAUUCAAAUAGCGCUCCUCACGUGCAGCGCACAGGAGUCUUGGCUCACAGCUGAUUUCAGUAAAGAUGAUUCGCAAGGCAUGAUGCAAUACUCUAAUGAGCAUAAAUAUACAUACUGUUGCACAUACAUUUUGGUAAAAUAGACAGUUUUUAUUAUUUCAAACUUUUUUUAUCAAUACUUUUCAGUACUGCAUGCAUUCUAAGUAUAUUCAUGAUAAAAUUUCUCUCUCUUUGACAACCAUCCUGGAUUUACUUUUGUACCGAGCUCUUUACAGUGCAUUCUGGGACAUAAAGUGCUAGAAUUGAGCCAAAACGAGGUAUAGAAGGCAGCAUAAUUAAGAUGCCUACCUUUUAGAACAGCCUUCACGUAAGGAGAGUGCCUAUGAUGCCUUAAAAUGUUGCCUCUGAAGGCAGCUCACUAGGUUUUGGAGCAGACCAUGUAUCUUACUGUGUAAGAAUCGCACUGCAUAUACUGACAAAAAAUGAAUAAUUCUGGUAUGAAGAUGAAAAAGCCUGGUCUGGAGAUGCUUGUUGUACUUACGACAGGUGUUUUAUGCCUGGUCAUAAUCAUGAACAAUAACAAACUUGAAGAUGUGGAAGAUGUGACAUCAAUCAGCAAAGAUACAUAUGAAAUUCUCUACAAACAUAUUCAUUUGCCCAAAUCUGCAACUCUCCAGCCUUCAUUCCCAAGAUGUGAGCAGAAUGUGUCUGCUUCUAAUGUGACUGGAUUUUCUACACUGCCACAUAAUAUCCAAGACUUCUUGCUUUACCGCCACUGUAGGGAGUUUCCCAUGCUUCUGGAUGUCCCUACUAAGUGUGGAGGCCCCCAGAACUCUGCAGAUGUCUUUCUUCUACUGGUCAUCAAGAGCUCUCCAGAGAAUUAUGAUCGACGACAGGUUCUGCGGAAAACGUGGGCUAAAGAACGACAGCACAAAGGUGUAUGGAUCCGUCGAAUCUUCAUUAUUGGAACAGCUGGAACUGGCUUUAAUAAACUCAGGUUGAAUAAGCUAGUGAAGCUUGAGAACAGCAAGAACCAAGACAUUUUACAGUGGGAUUUCAGUGAUACAUUCUUUAACCUCACACUGAAGCAGAUCCUGUUCUUACAGUGGAUGGACAGAUGGUGCCCACAGGCCAGAUUUCUUUUAAAUGGUGAUGAUGACAUUUUUGCCAACUCUUUUAACAUGGUGGAGUACCUUCAAGGUCAAGAGGGCAAUGAUGGGAGCAAACAUCUGUUUACAGGGCACCUCAUCCAGAACGUUGGACCUAUAAGACACCCUGCAAGUAAAUACUAUGUCCCAGUUCAGGUACAGGAGUCUGAUAGAUACCCUCCGUACUGUGGUGGAGGUGGCUUUCUUCUGUCAGGUUUCACAGCCAGGACUAUCUACAAUAUGUCUCAUUCGAUUACUAUACUGCCCAUUGAUGAUGUUUACAUGGGAAUGUGUUUGGAAAAGGCUGGCCUUCAACCUGAGUCCCACUUUGGUGUAAGGACUGCUGGUCUACAUAUUCCCUCUGAGAAUGUUGACAGAUUUCAUCCUUGUUAUUACAGAGAAAUUAUUUUAGUUCAUAGAUUUCUGCCACACCAGAUUUUUGUGAUGUGGGAUGAAAUACAAGAUCCAAAUUUAAAAUGCGGAGCAGAGUUCUCUCUUUAGAUCAGUCCAUACACCAAAGAAUUCAUUUGCUUAUCAAGCACAAUUUUCUUUCCUGUGUUGAUGUAUUUCCUAUUGAAAUACUUUUUUUGUCUUUUUUUUUUUUUUUUUUUUUUUUUUUUUUUAUAUAUAUAUAUAAAUAGCCAACAGCCUUUAGUUUACAUCACAGCCAUGAUCUAUGAUUUCCUACUUGCUAUUGCUAGUCAGAUGUAGGUGGUAUUAGUGGAAGGGACAUUCUCAUUCUUGAGAGCAUUUAAUUGAACAAAGCUUUAUUUAUGCACCUGAGUGCAAGAUUUUUUUUCUUGGAGAUCUGUUUCCCUGGAAGAGAAAAACUGUACAUUUAAAAUGCGUAUAACUGCUACAAGUUAUCAACUUUAUGGCGUACACUAGCAAAUGGCCUCAAAGCUAAUAGAGAUGGACUAAAAGCCACAAAACUACAAUAGCUAGAGCAAAUAAAUAUGUUGAGUUUUACGAAAAAGUGAUUUUUUUUCUUAAAUGCUGAAAUAAAUAAUUGCCUUUUGAAAAUGAUAUGGUAAGUUGCAUUUUAACUCGAAGAAUGCAGCUAGUUUGACUGCUAGUAGGAUCAAACUGAAGCAGGUGGUUGAUUCCUUUCUCACUAUAGGUAGUUAUGCAAUAUUACUCAUGGCAAUGCAUAAUCACGUUGUCUUUACACUUGUAUUUAAAUCAUCAGGGGUUGCCAGGAAUGCAAGAUACAUGGAUACAAAUGUCAAUAUAUUACCUUUUGUAAAUAUCAUCUCCAUAGGACACAAGGUGCAACAUAUUAGGGUUAGCUAAGGGACAGCUUUGCGUCAAAGAACAGAGACAGAUUCAGUUAACAAAAACACAGUGGCCAUGCAUUACAUGAUUGCAUUAUGGCAUUAUUGCAUUAUCAAUUGCUGCAUAAACCAUUUGAGGCUUUAACACCUACACAAUACCUCUGAAUGUGUUAAGAAGUAUUAAAGACUGUAAAAUAAUGCAAGUUUUGUUAUAUAGUUAUAUAUAAAUUUAUUUUGUAAAUAUUUGAUUGGGGCAGUGUGAACCACCCUUUGGAUUGUGCUGGGAAAGUAAUCAUUUUGUAGUUCCAUACUUUGUGAUAACUGACUUAUUUAUGAUGUUCUUAUGUCUUUGUCGCACAUUGUUUACAGUAACUUAUACGUUUUUUUUAUUUCUUACCGUGGAGUCAUGUCAAAAUUUCAGUUAUUCUUUCCUACAUAUGAUGUUCUUUGUAGCAGUGUUUGGGCGUUUAUUUCAUGCUUACUACACAAUGUUAUCUUUCUGUUUUACAUUGUUGUAUUUAUGUAUAUGCAGAAUGAUUGUUGCUCACCAGAAGAUGAAUUAUAAUUACUUAAUAAAUAAUCUAAUUCUUA